AGCGGAUGUUAGAUUUAUGUUUAAACCCAGCCUUCCGCGUUUGCGUGUACGUUGUUUGCAAUGAGACAGCAACCCAAACAACAGUGGCUACUGCUCGGUGCUUGUGGAUCAGCUGAUCGUUAUUAACAACAACAGACGAUGGGGCGUUGAAUGCUGUGCAGUUUCAACGUUAUGGAUGUUGUUUUUCUUUGUUUUAUUUGAAACAUAUAGUUAGAGGCCAGUUCGAACCUCAGGGUUUGUUGGUAGCAGUAGAUCCCAGGGAUACUCUGCUUCUAUUCUUUCCCAGAGAUACUCUGCUUCUAUUCUCUCAUAGAAGUAAGACAGAAUGUGCUUUGGGGUGUACUUUAUGGCUCUUUCCUUUAAACCUUGGUAGAAGACAAAAUAUGGAGUAGAAUGUUUCCUGUGCUGUGGGGAAUUUUUCAAGUUUGAAAGUUUUUUUAUUAUUGUACCUUUUUAGUUCGCUCAUAAUAAGUUGGUAAAUAUUUUGUAUAAAAUAGGGUAAUCACGUGGUGUAUAUUUUAUUUGUAGUUAUAUUAAUGUUGAUUUUUUUAAUUUUGUUUAUUUAGUUAAGUGAAACAAAACAGCACCGAAACGUUGCUUUAAAAGCAAAAGCAUUUGUAGUUCUGUUAUAAUACGUAAAAACAGUAGCUGAAGUUUUUUUUUUCUAUAAGCCACAUAGUCAUUGAGUCGCUCCUUAAGACACAGUCAUUACUUUACAAGUUGUGUUUAUAAGUUAAGAAAAUACAUCUGACAGGCAGAUAUCUAGUUUAUCUUGAUAAGUGCUGUUUUCUAGAGUCUAAACAAUGAUGUAUUUUUGGGUUUACUAAUAACAAUAAUUUAUCUUGUACACGUGGUAUUCUUCAUUCUGGGGUACUUCGGACCAGUAUUUUCAAAUGCAUUGUGGUGCUGAACAGCAGGCAUCUGUAUUAAAGCGCAUCCCCGUUCUCUAUUUGAAAAAACAAAUCAUCACCACAAAAUAGCCUGAACAAAUUAGAAGUAUAUAAUUAAUGUCAUCCAUUAGGAUGAUUUUGAUUGACUUCUUUCCAGAAGAAAUUUACUGCUGCAGUCAAAUACAAAUAUAGGGUGCAACUGUUGUUUUCCAGUUUUACAUUGCAGUGUUUUGGGUAUUUUUUUUUUUUUUUUUUACAAAACUGUAGUUUAAUAAUUAAAAAUCAGAUAUUUUGCAUAUCUAGACUGCAGUUUAAAAUGAGUGCUCAGACUACUGUGGCAGAUAAAGGUUUGAAUACAACUCUCACUUGCCAGGAGAGUUAUGCCUGUAGCGGAACAGAGGAAGCCAUUUAUGAGUGUGAUGAAUGUAAGAGCAUGCAAUGUCAGACUUGUGAGCAGGAAUUACAUAAGCAGGAGAGGUUUAAGAACCAUGAACGUGUCCGUGUUGGUCCUGGCCAUGUACCUUUCUGUGACCAUUGCAAGAAUGGCAGUGGUGCACAGUUAAGAGCAGUAGUAAGGUGCUUGGGAUGUAAAAUCAAUUUGUGUCUAGAGUGCCAAAAGAGAAGCCAUUCUUCAAUAAAUAAAAAGAAACACAUUCUAAGUAAUUACCAUAACAGUAAAACUCAAGAUUCACAGGAUGAGGAGAUGGACGAGGAAACAAGGAGAAAAAAAAUGACUGAGAAGAUUAAAAGUUUUCUUCUUGUUGAUGAAACUGAAGAGGUGCAGGUAUCUGGUGAAGAAGAGUUCAUACAGAAGCUGGGCUGCAAACCUGAUGACAACCUAAAAGUGGUGUCAAUAUUUGGUAACACUGGUGAUGGCAAAUCUCAUACUCUCAAUCAUACAUUCUUCUAUGGCCGUGAGGUUUUCAAGACGUCCCCAACUCAGGAAUCUUGUACGAUUGGAGUCUGGGCUGCAUAUGACCCUGUGCAUAGCAUCAUUGUGGUAGACACUGAGGGCUUGCUAGGGGCCACAGUAAACCUUAGUCAAAGGACACGUUUGCUUCUCAAGGUGCUGGCAGUCUCUGAUAUUAUUAUAUACAGGACACAUGCAGACAGACUGCACAAUGACCUUUUUAAGUUUCUAGGUGAUGCAUCUGAAGCUUAUCUGAAACACUUCACCAAAGAGCUGAAAGCCACAACUGCACGAUGUGGACUGGAUGUUCCCUUAUCCACUUUAGGACCAGGGCUUAUCAUUUUCCAUGAGACUGUACACACCAAGCUUCUUGGGGACGAUCAUUUUACAGAGCCACCAGAAAAGCUCCUCCAUGAAAGGUUUCAAAAGUUGGGCCGCUUUCCGGAAGCUUUUAGCUCAAUCCAGUACAGAGGAACCAGAACAUACAAGCCACCAACAGAUUUUUCUGGUUUGCAGUGGGUUGUAGAACAGCAGCUGAAGAACAACACUACCCGCUCACCCAGGCCGCCAGGUGUCAUCUACAAGGCACUCAAGGCUUUAAGUGAUCGUUUCAGUGGAGAGAUCCUAGAUGACCACAUGGCUCAGAGCUGCUUUUUUCCUGAUGAGUAUUUUACCUGCUCAAGUAUCUGCUUAAGCUGUGGGGCUGGGUGUACAAAUAGCAUGAACCACACCAAGGAGGGGAUCCCACAUGAAUCUAAAAACCGAUGCAAGUACACACACCAGUAUGAUAACAGAGUCUAUACAUGCAAGAAUUGCUAUGAAGGAGGUAAGGAGGUCAUAGUGGUACCGAAAACAUCUGCGUCUUGUGACCCUCCGUGGAUUGGCCUAGCAAAGUACGCCUGGUCAGGAUAUGUCAUUGAGUGCCCGAACUGUGGUGUGAUAUAUCGAAGCAGGCAGUUCUGGUAUGGUAACCAGGAUCCUGUAGACACAGUAGUGAGGACAGAAAUUCAGCACGUCUGGCCAGGGAUGGAUGGAUUCUUGAAGGACAAUAACAAUGCUGCACAAAGAUUGCUAGAUGGAGUUAAUUUUAUGGCACAGUCUGUGUCUGAAAUUAGUGUAAAACCAACAAAAGUUGUCACGUCUUGGAUCACAGACCAGAUUGCACCAGCCUAUUGGACACCUAACUCACAAAUAACGAACUGCUUUAAGUGCACAACUCCUUUUAAAGAAAAUGACACCAAACAUCACUGCCGAGCCUGCGGUGAAGGCUUUUGUGACGGCUGCUCUUCCAAAUGUCGGCCUGUCCCUGAACGAGGUUGGGGGCUUACUCCUGUUAGAGUUUGUGACAGCUGCUUCAAGAACCGAGGAAUGCGUCCAGAAGUUGCAGGCACUACCAAUGAGGAUGAAGAAAGCGGAACUCUUAUUGCAAGAAAAGUGGGUGAAGCAGUGCAGAACACAUUAGGUGCCGUUGUUACUGCUAUCGACAUCCCUGUUGGUCUUGUGAAGGAUGCAGCAAGGCCAGCCUACUGGAUACCUGAUCAUGAAAUCAAGCAGUGUUACAUCUGCAGAAAGGACUUUACCAACAAGCUGUCAAAACACCACUGCCGUGCCUGUGGCCAAGGUUUCUGCAAUGAAUGCUCUUCACAUUGGAGAUCUGUCCCAUCACGAGGGUGGGACUACCCUGUACGUGUUUGUGCAAACUGUCAGAGGAAGUCUGGUGACCUUUAGCCAGAAGUAGCAGCAUAUGUAGCUUCUUUCCUAGCAGAAGAUUCAGUUCUUUCAUGGCAAGAGGGUGUAGAUCCUUUCAUUUCCUUUUCCUACUUCAAGAAAAAGUGCUUGAGAAGUUUCUUGACAAUGCUACAACUCUGCCCUUGGUGUGCUUCCACUAUUCUAGAGUAAAACUGAAGUGCUCUGCCUUUGACAUGACAUUCUCUAAAAGAUCCAGAGCUCUUUCCUAAAUGUAGAUGAGAACAAAGAGACCUCAGUGCAUUCUCAGACUGUAUUUUAGCAGUAAUGUAUAAAUAACAAAAUAAUAUAAUUAAGCCUUAUUGUAUGGGGUUUGGGUUCAUUUGCAUGUUAACUCAUUCCAUGUACAUGCUCCUUUGUCUGUAAAAUCUUCCUUUAUUGUUAACUUUCCAAGGACUCUGCUACUAGCAAUAUAUCAAAGGAACCUGAAUUUAAAAUGAGAGUAUUCAAUUGCAAGCAGUCUAGUCAAGAUGCUUCCCCAUUAUCUUCUGAUUCCUAGGUGUCCAAGCUAAUGUGUUUAGCUUUGGUUUUGUUACCAGUUCAUUUGAUGCCAGCAAGCACGGAGUUCCGUAAAUUAUCCAUUAUUCACUUUUUUGUAUUUAGUUUGUAUGACUAUGUUUUUAGCAACAGCUGUUUCAUGAAAGUUUUCUCCCUUCUGAUUGCCAGCUUAUCCAAUAAUAUGUAGUGUCUAGCUAUGUGUCUUUGGGGCUCUCAGUCAUAGCUGAACAGCUCAGUAGCAGAGCUGUUUUCAUGUUCCUUUGACAACUGGCAGCUGCUGGUCAAGCUGUAUAGGGAAACAGUACCUGUGAUGGCAGAGCUGUUCUGCUGUGGUGCAGAGAAACAGCCCCUUUUGAUGCUUCAGGUAGCAAGCAGCAGUGUGUUAAAGCCACAUCCGUCAGCCUGGGCCACCCAGUGGCAGUUUGAUCAAGCCUGUAUUGGAGCAUUUGUAGCUGUCUUUUGAAGGAGCACUCAACAGUGCGUUAAAGUUUGGAAUUCCUUUCCCUUUUCCUUCUCUUGGUGCUUCAGAAUUUGACACAGAAGCCUGUUUCUCAGCAGUGUAUGCCCUCUUACGCCCUAAAUCUGUGUCCUCAUGUUUAUAUUCAAAGGCACCUCCUCCCAAUCAUCAUCUCUUUUUUCUAGCCCCUUGCACUUUAAUUUUAUCAUCUUAAAUUUUACUAUAGCAAACUGGCUACAUUGAGUACGAGUAAUAAAAGCUUUCAUUCAAAAGAUCAUUAUAGAAACAAUCUUUGUUGUAUGGGAUGGGAACAUGAUGCUUCUUCAUGUUAUCUUUGCCAGCACUUCAACAGACCUCUGAUUUGCUGGAUCAGCUAACAGUGCCUCGCAGUGACAGGGUCCACUAGGCAUUGAACAAUCCAGAGGACAUUGCUAAUAGCAACAGAUGUGAAAUAGACAGAAAAAUGGUAAUGAAAUCUAGAAAAUAGGCGUAAAACUUUCAGGCAUGGUUCCUUUUAAUAAUCCGUUGUUGCUGUGGUGGUCUUUGAACAGCACACUUUUAUUAUCCUGUAGUGAGAAGUUAAUGACUAGCUCAGCAUCUUUGGAAGCAGCUGAGCUGAAGCGAAUGGUGUCUCCCUGGCAUCCACUCUUCAGAGUGAGACUUGUGCAGCCUUCUCAGCAUGCUACCACAGGGAGUAUAUGUAAUCUGUAUUCCACCUGUUUGAGACUAUGUUAGAAUCCACUCUUCUGAAGUCCUCUCAUUCUCUUCUGCAAGGUAUGAGUUACUUUGUUGUGGUGGUUAACCAGGAGAUUGUUUUAGAUUUUGAGGGUCUACAUGUCAUGGAGGUGGUGCCUACUUCAUAGCGUGGGCGGAUGAAACUUCACCAAAACUCGAAAUUAUGUAACAUUAGUUAGUAGCUUGGGUACUAGUGAAGCCAGUUUGGGGAAGGUGGGACUGAGUGGCUAAUGUCAGCUCACCUAUCCUUGGGAGAAGAAGCAGAUGAAGACCGCUGCAGGAGAGCGACAAGUGUAUGGCAUGCAGCUGGUUUCCUGGGAUGCGUGCUGGGCUAUGCCAAGCCAUGUCUGAGCAGCAGUCUUUGUGAGAUAUAGGUGAGAACAUUUGUGCACACAUGGAAAAGUGUAGCAACCACUCACUUCAGGGACUGGGAGAGAGGUUGGGACAGAAAAGGGACAAUACCUCCUAUAGCUGCCUGGAUGAUGGUGCCAUGGAUUACUGUCACUCCAGUAACGAGGUAAUGAAUGCAUAGUAGUGGCAAUGACUAAAUGGUUGACAGACAUGGAGAAUGAGGAAAAAAGGAAAUUAUAAAAAAAAUAUCCUAGUGCAAAUCACGUGGGUGCAGUGGAGCAAACCUUCCAUCAGUUUCUUUCCAAGGUUUAAUGCAGAACUCAGUGCUGUGUUUUAGUGUAUAUGGCCAAGCUUGUGUUUCUUACCUGUUGCACGUCAGGACUUGCAAUUACUCACACUGCAUUUGUCCUUUUUAAUCCUAAUUUUAUUUUCUUGAGGAGUACUAGUCAGCCUCAGAAGCGGUCAGGAAGAGAAACUUUUCUUUUAACACUAGAGAUCUAACAGCUUUUGAGUUUCACCCUUCCGUGAGAAGUAUUUUUUAGGAAUGCAGUAAUGGUGCUGUACAAUUUGAAGUAUUGCUUCUUCCUUGUCCCUUGGGCAAGAAAUUUCACAGUAUCUAUCUAUAGAUGGCUGAGGCAGAAUCUUGAAUUUAUCAGCACCUAUGAACCUUUCCUCAAUGAUAACAUUUUUCUGGUCUAAAGACAUAUGAUUAGGACUCUUUUGUGCCUCAAAAAACCCAUCUGUGUAGUUUCUUCAUUGGUAUACCUUGAGAAACACUGUAAAGUGAAUUACUUUGCUGUUUCUUUCAUCCAGAACAUGUCACACAGACCCUCAGUACUUUGCCACUCUUGUUCCUAAGAAGUCAAAGACUGCAGACCAUUAUCGCAAUAUGAUUUAAUACUGUGCCACUCUAGACUUAAGGGCAUUAAGUUGUUUAUCCCCAUGCCUCAUAUUUCUGUGGAUCUGGACUUAAUAAAAUAAAAUAUCUUUGCUUCUUUAAUAUUUUUUUGUGGAAAACUCCAGCCUAUGUUUCAGACCAUUGUCUUUCAGAAGUUUUUUUUUUUUUCUUUUCUGAUACAGGAUUUCAAGUGAGAUAAAAUUUGGAUUGCUCCAGCAUGAGUAAUUCUUAACUGGAUUCCUGGGUCCUCAGUAGUUUCCAAAUGAAACAUGACCCCAUUGGUCUGAACUUCUGCUCACCAUUUACAUCAGAUCAGACAGUUUCAAUGAUAUUAAAUGACCUUUCACAUGUUUCUUAGCUUCUGGGUAGUGGAGAGGAUGCAGAGGGGAAAAACAUUUUAAUGUAGGUGAUGUUGAGAACAAGAAGUAAGGCUAGACUUCAGCUCCCUGUAAAGUAACAAUAGCGCCCUGUGAAGUAAUAUUCCAAAUGGUCUUUGUCCAGUUAGUUAUAUCUUUUGUUGUCCAAGGGUUGCUGAUUGAUGUCAUUAGACAUUUUUUGUGCAUUUUGGUACAUCAUGAUUUGGAAAUUGCAAAGGGAUAUUAACUCCGGUUGACCUAGAACCUCAAUGUUUCCAGCACAGCGUGCUGCUAUUUGGCUUUUGCUGUGCUCCCAGGGCCUUCAGCAGAUGCUUGGCUGUGUUUGCUGAAGCACUGUAACUUUGAAGUGUGCUGGCAUGUCCUGGUUUGGGUUUAGUAUUGAGUAGCAUAUCUGAGCUUUGUUUUGGCUUCAAGAGAUGAGUAGUUUCAUCAUUUGGGAAAAAUUGUCCAAUUAUAUAUAUUUUUAUAUUGGGGGUCAUAGAUCUUUCUUUCUCUAGGGAGGUAUCAGGAGCUGAAACAGAUGACAUCUUGACUCUCUUGGAAGUAGGAAGGUUAAUCCAGAAAUUUCAUUUGCCUGACUGUCACAUCAGUGAGUUUUCUUGGUCCUUUUCAAAUGUCUUCAUAUGAGGAUGUUUCAGUUAGACUGUCCACUUUUGGUGUCUGCAGAUGUUCUUAGUCAAAGUUGCAGUAUUUAGUUUUGGGAUGUCUUGCCUUGCAGAAGUCUGUUGCCAUAUCCUCUGUCCUUUAGAAAACACAUUUUCACUUUUCUUUCUUCAUUGUGGGUUUUAUUUUCCAGAUUAUUCAUGAUUGAGUGCUUUGCAGAAAACGUUCCAUAGUGCAAUAUUAGUGAUUUGGAAACCUUUACAGUGUUUCACCUCUUGAGGCCUCUCUGAGCCCAUAACCUCUUUUAGCCUGUUUGGGUAAUUAAACAGUGGUGUAGUACCUGAAUCAGUGGAGGACCAUGCUAUGUCUUCUGGGUAACAUUGCAUAUCCUAGAAACAUCAAGCAUCCUGACGUUCUCUGUCACAUUGAGGAGUUCUGAUGUCCAUUUUGUUUCUAGCCAGCAGGGCUAACUAGAAACCAACCCAUUUGUUGCAAGAAAAAACUUGUUGCUUCCAGAUUUCCAUGCUUUUUCUGCUGGGCAUGUAGGUUUGGGCAUUAGAUGCAUUCUCCUUGCGUUAAAAGGGUCUGGUUGCUUAUAUACACUGACAGUUAAUGUUGAUUUUUAAGGCAAACAGACCAUAUUUAUCCUGAGGAUAUGGUUUGUUCCAUCAAAUUACAUCUCCACAAAGCCUGUUUAGUGUCAAGACCAGUUGACCUAAUGAGUGUUCUUUAAAGUCCUCAUCCAGGAAUAGUGCAGCUGCACAGAACGUCAGGAUACGUUAUAACAACUUUUAGGGGAUUUCCUUUUUGAUUAACUAAUUUUUAACUGUGUAGUAUUCAUGAAGAAGUAAAUCAGAAGAAUAAACAAGUAACUUGUGCUGAUCACUCCCUGAUGACUCAGGAGACCUAGGUUCCUGAACCUUUUUUUUUUAUUACUGUCCCAUUUCCUUCUUGACAUCUUUUGACAUUAGUCAGUAUCUCCUAACACACUCUGCCCCUCCCCCUUCAUUUUCAGACAAGCCUCUCCACCAGAAGUCACAUAUGUUAUGACUUAUCCAUCACCCUUCUCAUUGGCAUAGGAGAGAUGGCUGUCAGCAGCUUCAUUAAACCCCUGGUUGACCAAUUCAGUGGCUUAAGUCUAAACCCAGGUCACUGACAGUACAGAAGGACCCCUUGACUGUGCAUUAUCAGGCUGGGACUUUAGUUCCCAGGCCAUUCUAACUGAAAAUCUAUUCCUUGUGAGGAAAAUGGGCUUCACCUCUGGGUAUGGCUUGCUUGAGGGCAGCUGUUUUACUUGUUCACAUUCUGGCUGAGUUUAUAGAGUUUCUGUUUGUUGCUAUGUAAUCCUGUGGUACUAGGAAUACUGUAAGGACCAGAUGGCGUAGUCUCUGCUUUUAGGAUGGUGACCAUUUACACACACUCUUCCCCUGUUCUACCCAAGGCUGCAGGAUCAUCUUACCUAUGCAAACAUCUUUUUGACCUGGUCUUAGCUGAGUAGCCAUUAAGGUGUUCAUACCAGUGCUUUUGCACUUUGUGGACUUUGCUGAAGACUUGAUCUGGCCUCACUAGUGUAUUUUUUCCCCUUGGUAAAUCCUCCAUCUUUGACUUUCCGUAAUCAACCUGUCUUCCCUUAAGAUUUCAAGAUUUACAUUUUAUAUUGUUUGAUUUUUCAGUUGGCUGACUUGGCAUAUUUUAAAUGUCUUAGAAGACUCUCUUUCUGGUAACCUUUACCUGUGCUUGGUAGAUUUCAGUCAGAACAUCAUACACUGCUGUGUAAGGAGCUCUGCUUGUUUUAUUCUUUUUUUUUUUUUAACAGUAAGGAAUGGAUCGUCCUCAGAAUUAACUCACUUUCAUCUGAAGCUUAUUUUAGAUGUGUCACUAAACAAAUCCAUUCUUCCCUCUUCUUCACGGGAGACCAUAUUCUGCACAAUGUCUGUGUCCCUCACCACUCUGUUUGGGAUGCGUGAAUGGACUCAGGAAAAUGGGAAACUAAUCUUUCCAAUUUUCAAACAAAUUCAAUGAUUUGUGGUGAAUUCUUCUGAAAUGUGGCCAUUAACUCAUUUGUGCUGCAGUCAGUUUGUCAUUAGUGACCACUUUUAAUGUGCAAUGCAAGCUUGGCCAGACAGUAGCCAGAGUAGAAUUGCUUUUGAAAGGGUUGUUCUUCGUUGUAUCUGGUCCUGUUUUUGUUCGUUUACUCCUCUUCUUGAUUUCUUCUUUUGCUUGGGAUUCUUUCCAAGUAUAAUUUUGCAUCAGAAGACCUCUUAGUAAAUUUUACAGGCAUGUGUAUAUAAUCUCCGAGAAAGACCUUUACAGUUUCUGCCUUUUCCCUUUGUUUGCUAUUUUGUAGUAGGCACUAGGUUAAGGUAGAGUUUGAUGUUAUUUAUUAACGCAUAGUUUUGCUUAUUUUCCAGCUGUUACCUCCUUUUUUCUUUUGGGAGGGGGUGAAGAGGACUGGAGACACAUAGUUUUGCUUAUUUUCCAGCUGUUACCUCCUUUUUUCUUUUGGGAGGGGGUGAGAAGGACUGGAGACCAUAGGAAAAUGCAUGUCCUUUAACCCAGCUUGACGUGGAUCAUUGUGGAACCAGGCUUUUCUGAGCUUCAGCUUUAAAAAUGUUUGAAAGAACUGUAAAUAAAUGUAAGUUAGGAAAAUCCCAAGUGUAAAUAUGUUGCAGAGGGUACUGUCAGGGGCCAUUGGCAUCUAUAUUUUAUGGGAUAUAAAACUGGCAGGAGAAAAAUCCUAAACCCUGAUUUGUGGACAGCAUAGAGAAGUAAAUCUGAAUGACCCAGAUAAAUUAGGUUCAUGUAGUGGCCUAGGCUUUGAAAGAGUGAAGCAACAGUGACGUAAGAGUGAGCCACUGACUCCAUCUUGGCCGUUAUGAGGGUGUCAGUUUCAACGUUGGCUGUUUGCCAGCUUGCAUUUAGAGGCCUAUGUAGUGAUGAAAAUCAGGCAAUGCUGGAGAUGUGGGCUUGGCAGUGCCAAGCCAGGAUUAGUAACCUUCAACACCAUGUAUAUGUGGGAGCACUCGGCAUGAGAAAGCAUACCUUGCCCCCUGUGUUGAUGUGGAUGUUCACAUUAACUGCCUGGGGGUUUCAGGGCACACACAGAAAUGCUCCCUUAGUAUAUGCCCUGGAUGAUAUCGGCUGUUAAGAGGAGGGCACUGCCAUGUUGCUGUCUGGCCUAGAGACAGUUAAUGUCCAUCCUAAAACAUGGACUUUCCUUUUCUUUGGGGUGUGUGUGUGUGUGUGUGUGUGUGUGUGUGUGUGUGUGUGUGUGUGUGUGUGUGUGUGUAGCCAGACAUUCAGGUGACUGUGAUGUGGCCUGUGCAUCCUUGCCCCCCCCUGCAUCAAGAAUGAAUGGAUGGGGGGGGGGGUAAUUGUUGAUAGCUGUAGAUGGGGAAAAAGCCUUACUGAGCAGAGGAAAUGUUUUGCUGUGACCAUAAAGGACUACUAUAACAGAGAUAACACUGCUUAUGUAACGCUUGCUAUAUAAACAUGUAGUGCAGAUUUUAUAAGUGGAAUACAGCUGUCUAAUUUGCUGUUCAUAAGUUAAUACAGUGCUUGUUCCCAGGUCCUAAAGACAUUUCCAACAAGUAUCUUCUGCUGGUGGUGUACACCUCUUAGCACUUGAAGUACAUUUUAUGAUUUUAUGCCUUACCUUGCAACCAUCUUGUAGCAAAUGUGACACUUUUGAAACUUGCAAAAUGUUUUGUAGCUGCAUAUGGACGUGAGUACAAGACCAGUUUUCAGGGUGCUGCUUAGAUCUUUUCACUUGCCUGAAGUUAAAAAGUGGAGUUUGUGAGGUUAAUUCUAGGUUUUCUGCUACAUUUGAGUGUUAUUAUGUAUUGCUGAUGCAUUUUAUUUUUCAGGGAUAAUUUAAAUGAAGUAUAAUGGAAAAGAGGUUAAGUUGCUGUUCUUAUACACAUGCAGCAAACCAGUUUGCUGUGUUAGUAUAAAGUUUAGGCAGUAAUGCAAGAUGCCUAGGUUCAGUGGUAUUUUGGACCAGUUUUUGUAUAAAACAAGGUUUCAUUUGAUUGAGAAAUGAAAUGUGAUAGUCCGAACAAUGUUUCAUAGCAACAGUUAAUGUUUUAGGAAGGAGUGUGUAAUAUGUAAUAAGUGUUAUAUUGUAUAAUAGUGCCUGCUGCUUUAAACUCCGGACCCAUGAUUCUUGAACCCCAUAGCCCUAGUAAUUUUAGCCUUUCCAUAAUACAACUUCAAAAAUGAACUUGAGAUCACAUGACUAGUCAGCAGUGAACAGGAAAGAGCCCCAAAUUAAGCACAUCUCUCCAGAAACAAGGAUCUUAUUUUUAACUGCGAUACAGGUAUGGCACACACAGGAUGGAGACAAAAGAAAUUUAACUUCUGUUUUCUCUUAAUUACAUCUGUUUUUUACUUUUAAGGUGAUUGUAUCCCAUGUUUAGUGCUCACUGAAAAUGAUGAUUGUCAUUAUGUCUGUCAAUGUAACACAUACACCACAGUACAGCCAGGUGCUGUAUCUAAAAGGUUUUGUAAAUACAACACAAAGUAUGUUUAUGAAUUGCCUUACUUCUAACAGAGAGAACCUUGUACUGCAUGCUAGACAGGGGAUCUGUUUGGACAGAGGGUAAUAUUUUCCACUCAGUAGAGAUGAAAAAUAUAACCACUAAACUGGUGGUAGUUUGUUUUAAAAUGCUGAUAUACAUUUAUUUGUAUUACAGUGACUGCUGGCUCUGAAUUUUUAAGUGUAAUGUGGGGGUAGUGGGAUUAGUUUUAAAACUAAGAACCUGAAAUCAGAAGGUGGUAUCCAUGAAAAUAUUUUGCCUGCAUUAGUUGCUUUUUUCUAGGAACAUGAGGAAUCGUGGAUCCAGUUAGACAGGCAUACAACAAGGAAUGUCCAUCUAGGAGCUAUACCUGUUAUAAAUCUGAGAAGUGUUUGAAUGCACCAGAAACAAGUGGAAAAGUAUACAUUUCAUGACUCUGGGCACUUUUACUCAUGUUGUCAGGGUCACGAAGAUCACCAAAAGAAAGUGUGACCUGUACCUGCUCAGUAAAUUGGUUGUUGUAUACAUCUAGCUUACUCAGGUGGAGACCAUUUUUUUGUUGUUUGCUUUUGGUCCCCCUUGAAAAAUCAGUCUAGCCUCAAGUGGCCCAUAUCCCCACCGGGUCUCCCCGCGUAUGUCCUACCCCCUUGACUUACUCCACUAUUGUUCUGGUCGGUUGGGAAUCCUAAAGGCAUCCUGGGGACUUGACCAUCUAUGAUUUUAUUCUAGGGGGGCUCUUUCUACACCUUACUAACUCCCUACCCCACCUCUCACGUUAGUUGAUUAUUUUUGAGGGCAGCUCCGUUCUUUGAACCACGCCUUCCGUAAAUGAGUGUAGUCAGUGAAUGCCCUCCCACCCACAACAGGUAUGCCUAUCCCUUCCUGCCACUCUGUCUCGUGAGCCUCUAGUACAACAUAAGUCUACUGCGCUGUUGUCAGGGCUUUAUCCCUCUACACCACCAGAGGUGGUAUGGAGACCAGUUUUUGGUACUGCAGUGUAUCAUAUUGGGUAAUGAUAUUACAAAGGAUAUUGCUUUGAGUGAGCCUUUUGGAAACAUUAAAUAUGAGAAUGUCUCCCUUUUGAAAUGUCAGCACUUGAAAUGGCAAGUGCCCCAGAAAACCCAGAAAAGAGCAAAUCUUGAAAAUCUCUGUACUCCUUAAAACUUCUUUAUACAGGACCCCCCCCCAUAUCCCCCGAAUUUAUACCAACUCCAAGAUUACCAUACCUUAGAGAAAAGGGAAUAUUCCAAGAAAUGGUAUUUUGGACUUAGUAUAUGUAAGUCCAUUUUUUCGGCCAUUCUGUCACUGCGUUUCAGGACUCAGUGUAGCGGGUUGCGAUAUUUCAAAUGGUUAAAUAAGAUAAGGGGUGAGUGAUUCAUUUUUACAACUUGAGAGAAGGGGGGGCAUGGUAUUUUCAUGCUCUGCUUGAAUGAUUUUAAUCCCCCUGCAAGGCUUAAUAAUUAGCCGUAUUGUAUCUAGAAUGUUCAGCUUUCAAGUAAUGAAAAUAUUAUUGGACAUUAAGAACUCCAAGUAUGCUGCUUAGGACAUCUUUGAUGUUUUAGAUUCCAAGAUUUACAGAAAAAAAACUUUCUAAUGCAACUUGAUGUCUACUGUAGUCUGUGUAUUUGAGAGAUGACUUUUUCUACUGCCACAGCACAGCUUCCCCUUUUGUCAGUUAUCAGCAUUCCUGCUAAAGGUUCUCUGUAUUCUGCCUGGUAAUUUAGUGAUGAACAUUCGAGUGUGUUUUGUUAAGUGAUCAUUUGUCAGUUGAGUGUCUUAAAAUGACAGAACUAGUUAAUAAAAUCUGACUAUUCUAUGGUAAUUAUGUAUGUAAGCCCAGCAAGAAACUAUAUGUAUUGUUUUUGUGGCAGAGAUAGGCAUUUGCUGCAGACUGUGCGCAGUGUUUUGGUAGAAAGACUAAAGUCAUUUUUGCAUUGGUCAUUUCACUCGAUGGUGUGUGCAGUGGGAUAACAGAUGGAAUGAUUUGUCCAACAUCUUGCUGUACUGUCACUUAGAUUUUGCAACAGCCACAGAGCAGGGAAACGUCUACUUCUCUUUCACCUUUGAAAUGCAGAAGAAUUCUCCCUGGGAUGGCAUAUGCUCCUUCUAUUGGCCUCUAAGUGAAGUGUUGCCUCUUGUUGGCUUGUGUGUGCAGCAUGUUUGUAGUUGUGCUGUCCAGCAGCUAAGGUCAAUCAUUCCUUGGCAUUAUUUUGUUGUAUAGUACGAAGCGUAUCAUUCCAUACUUAAAGGAUACUAAUACCAUUGCUGAUGUGAGGAGGUGAGGCAGUUAGCAGCAUUAACAGACUCCUACAGAGCUUGCAUUACUGUCCUUUAUCAAGUGUUUUAAAACAUUCCAGACUUGCUGCAAGUGAUUUCUGCAGGUGUCUGUAUCGUAAGACUUUCAUUCAUUCAUACCAUGGUCUUAUGAUCUAAUGCAUCACUUGUUGUCUUGAACUAAAAGUUAAUUCACACAGUGAUGGGUUAACAUGAUUUUAUGUACAGGUGUUUACACAGUGAUGCAUUUAGCAUGAUUUUAUGUGCAGGUGCUCACACAGUAAUGUAUAGUCAAGGUGCUGGAUACAGCUGUUUCAUGAGAGUCUGGCACAGAAGAUUUUUUAAAGUCAUUCAUGAGUCAGGAAUGUGUGCGUUAAAAUGAUUGUAUGUACUACUACAUGUUUUAUUUUAUACAGCUGCUGGUGAACAUCUGUUUGUGGUACAACCACAUUUAGAGCAAUGAACAUUAUGGCUUCACAGACAAUCCAAAGUGGACCUGUCAUAUUUUAAGGAAGUGUCAUUUGACUCCCCCACUCCACCUACCAAGAAACAAUUAAAUCACAACUUAACAUCAGCUCUGUGCAGUGGUGGAAAGUGUGCUCCAGCAUCAGCCAAUUUGGAAGUCUGAAGAAAGCUGUAGAUAUAUGGAGGAAGCCAGAUGAAGUGGUGAUAUGUUAACAGAUUCUACACCAGACGACAGUGCUCCUAGCUAAUUGCAGUUCUGCAGUUGAUACCAUGUGGCUUACAGCUUCUUACUCAUUUUAACUUGGAAUUUUGUUUACUUGUCUGCCAGCCUUACCAGGCUCUCACAUCCCGUCUGCACUCAGCUUGAAAGCUGCAUGUUAGUAACUUAAUCAGGAAAGCCAUACAUGGAGUACAUUUUUGCUUGUAGUUCUGAGCUAGUUACUGGUAGUGCGGACUGUGCUAAAAGUAUUUCUAUAGCUGAGAGCAAGUCCUGUUUUGUAAGAGCACAUAAGUAUGCAGCUGUAAACUGUGAAUUGUUAUAGUGCUUUGAAAACAAAAAGUAUAUUCAGGUUUGCACAAGGUCCUGUUUCUUCACUACUGAUGUGAUUUUACUGUUACCUUGCCUGGGGAAGUAUUCGUAUUGUAAAGGGAUGUUACAGAUAGAGGAUUAUUUUGUGUACUAGAUGUUGACAAUCUAUGGCAACUGGUAGUAAAAUAUAAUCAUUCAACAUUCCAAAGUCA